AUGGCCGAUGAUGGCAGCCGCUAUGGGGAGAACGAGAUCAUCGGCGGUGAUGGCAUCGGUUUCUUUGUAGGCUUGGGCUUGGUUACGGCUAGCAGCUUCUUGGAAGAGUUCUUGAUUGCAGCGACCUCUGCACUUGCAAUGUGGCUCACCAUCAUGAUUCCCUGGUCGUCAAGCAGGGUCGUCGGCGCCCUUCGCGUGUCAGUGCCGGGACCAGGAAUCACGUCACAGCACGGCGCCUCGCAGAUUGCGGAUGGCGAGCCGUACAAGUGGCAGGAAGGCAUUGGCAUGGGCAUCGUGCGUGUCGCGGAGGGCUGCGAGCAUGGCUUGUCUGCUUGUGAGGUCGAAAGCGCCGACCCCAUCGACUGA